AACACCCUUCAAAAUUAUCUUUCCCAAUGCUCCCACAAAAGAGAGCCACCUCUUUUAUAAAUAGCAGCUUUCAUCCAUUCCCAAAACACAAAACCAAACAUGAAGUCUCCAAUUACCUCCUUAGCUUAUAUUUUUGUUGUCUCAUGGUUUUCAUGGGUUGCUUCUGCUUACAACCAGGAAAAUUUUAUACAUUGUCUUUCUCUUCAUUCCCUCAACACCUCUUCAAUUUUGAAUAUUAUUUACACUUCAACUGAUCCUUCGUACUCUUCAAUUUUGAACUACUCAAUCAUGAACGAAAGAUUCAUGGGUGCUAAAACUCCAAAGCCUCAAGUAAUCGUGACACCAUUGCAAGUUUCCCACAUUCAAGCAUCCAUCAUUUGCGCAAGAAAGAACGGCUUUCAGAUUCGAACAAGAAGUGGUGGCCAUGACUACGAGGGUAUUUCUUAUGUUUCUGAUGUUCCUUUUGUCCUUGUUGAUUUCGUAAACCUUCGGUCGAUCGACAUUGAUGUAGAAAGAAAAGUUGCAUGGGUGCAAUCCGGAGCAACCCUUGGCGAACUUUACUACAAAAUUGCAGAGAAAAGCAAAACUUUAGGGUACCCAGGUGGAGUUUGCCCGACAGUUGGAGUUGGCGGGCACUUCAGCGGCGGUGGCUAUGGUGUUAUGCUACGAAAAUUUGGCCUCGCUAUUGAUAAUGUGAUUGACGCUUAUCUCGUUGAUGUUAACGGUGAGCUCCACGAUCGAAAAUCGAUGGGGGAGGAUGUGUUUUGGGCCAUUAGAGGAGGAGGAGCAAGCUUUGGAAUUAUUCUUUCAUGGAAAAUAAAGCUUGUUUCAGUUCCAUCGGUGGUGACUGUUUUCACAAUUAAAAGAAACUUAGAAGAAAAUGCCACCGAUUUAGUCCAUCGGUGGCAAUACGUGGCCAAUAAACAAGAUGAUAGACUUGUCAUCAGAAUCAUAUUAAGUGGCAUGAAGUCAAGCAAUCACCAAAAUGGAAAAAGACUAUCAAUUGAAGCAUCUUUCAGCUCCUUGUUCUUAGGAAAAGUUGAAGAGCUUCUUCCCAUCAUGCAAAGGACUUUCCCUGAACUUGGGAUGACGAAAGAAGAUUGUACAGAAAUGAGCUGGAUUGAAUCCGUUCUCUAUUUUGCCGACUUCGAACCUAAAAGACAGCCAUUAGAUGUCCUUAUCGAUAGGAGUUUUGCUUUUCGAGGCGUCUUCAAAGGCAAAUCUGACUAUGUAGAUGAGCCAAUUCCCAAAACUGGGCUCAUCGGUUUAUGGGAAUUACUCAACCAAAAAGAAGUUCAAUUUGCACGAAUGCAUCUUAUCCCUUAUGGAGGAAAAAUGAAUGAAAUUUCUGAAUCAGAGACUCCCUAUCCACAUAGAGCUGGAAAUCUUUACAACAUUCAUUAUGUGGUAUCUUGGGGAGGAGACGAAGAUAUUGCACAAAAACAUAUAAGUUGGAUCCGUAAGCUUUACAAUUACAUGACUCCUUUCGUUUCCAAAAAUCCGAGAGGUGCAUAUGUCAAUUACCGAGAUCUAGAUCUUGGAAUAAACAACAUAAAUGAGUACACGAGCUAUGAAAAAGCAAGCAUAUGGGGACUUAAAUACUAUAAGGAUAAUUUUGAGAGGUUGGUGAGCAUAAAAACUAAGGUUGAUCCUACUGAUUUCUUUACGAAUCAGCAGAGCAUUCCUUCUCUUUUGUCAUCGAAGAAGAGGAGAGAACAUGAGACGUCUUGAGAUAUGAUUGGAAGAAAGCUGGCUCAUUAAUGAAUGGUAUGGUGAACCAUGUCUUUUUCUUACUUUGGUUUACUUAAUAAAAUUGCUACCUUUGUACUUUCAUAUAUGAUCAAUUUGUUUUUGUAUUUGAGCAUUAAACACAUAUUUCCUA